AAUCAUCACUGCAAAACGCAGAAACUACACUAACAUUUCUUUUUCUUCACUUUCUUCAGUUUCAGUUCAUUCCACCAAAAUUCAAAAUUCUCCGAGAGAAGAGAGAGAGAGAGAGAGAGAGUGAUGGGUUGCGUUUCUUCCAAUCUUCUCAACCAAGACGAAGAAUUCACCCAACUGGGUUCCUCCGCCUUGGGCCACCACAUCGUCUCCCUCACCUCCACCACCUACGGCCUUCUCACCCUCGACCCACCGCACACAACCACCCCUUCUACACCUCCUUCACGUUUCACCCUAGCCUCUCUUUUCCCCUCCGAACCAAACUCCGAACCCAAGUCCCUUUGGUCCGAACCAAGACCCUUCCGAUCCGAACCCGAGAUCAUAAACUCAUGGGAACUCAUGUCCGGUCUCGACACCGAAAGCUUCCGCUUUUCCAAAGAAAACUCCAACCCUAACCUCCUCACUCCCACCAAACCCGGUCCAACGCCACCGAACCGGUUCGAGCGAAUAUGUCCCCCGAGCGGGGAAAACCGCGUGGUGAUCUACACGACGACGUUGCGCGGCGUGCGGAAAACGUUCGAGGCGUGCAACGCGGUGCGCGCGGCGUUCGAGGCCUUGGGCGUGGCUAUCUGCGAGCGUGACGUGUCGAUGGACAGCGGGUUCCGGGAGGAGCUGAGAGGGUUGCUGAAGGGGAAGCAGAGAGAAGCGAUGGUUCCCCCGAGAGUGUUCGUGAAGGGCCUCUACAUCGGUGGCGCCGAGGAAAUGCUGAAGGUCGCCGAAGAUGGUAUUCUCGGAGAACUGCUUAAGGGGUUGCCGAAGAAGAAGGUUGGUGCCGUUUGUGAGGGUUGCGGAGACAUGAGGUUCUUGCCUUGCUUCAACUGUAAUGGCAGUUGCAAGAGUGUUGUUAAGGAAGGGGGAAGAGUAUUUGUUGUUAAGUGUCUCCAUUGCAAUGAAAAUGGCUUGAUCUUGUGCCCUGUUUGUUCUUGAUUACUUUCCUGCCAUAAUAAUAUUACUCUUAGUCUCUCUUUUCGUGUAA